AUGAGCGCAGCGGGAGGGCCGCUCGCUAAGGAGAUGGCUGUGCGGAAACGAAUCCACGCCAUAUACAACAAGCUGCAGGACGAUUUUCCCUCUCUGCGCGAUUACAAUGACUACCUGGAGCACGUGGAGGAUAUAGUGUUCCGGCUGGUGGAAGGAAUUGAUGUGGCGGCAGCAGAGGCGGAAGUGAGGGCGUAUGAGGCGAACAACCGAGACAGCAUUGCUGCUGCCAGGGCCAAGCGGGCAGAGCGGCGAGCAGCCGAGUUGAGAGCAGCAGCACUGCCGCCCAAACCGGGGGAAUCGUCAGUGUACCAACUGAUAGAGCAGCAGGAGAGGGAUCAGCUCGAAAUGACAACUGAUUUCGCCACAGCAGCAGCAGCAGGAGCAGGGGACAUGGCAGCAGGAGGGGCAUUCCCCCCUCGACCAAUGGGAAUGCUCCAGCCCAUGCCUGUGCACCAUACCGAUGGCAGCCUAGGCUCGGCACCGAGCCUGACUCCGGAGCAGCAACAGGCUCGGAUCUUGAAGGGGCAGAAGGCUGGCGGAUGGACGGUGGAGAUUUCGCACAGGAGAGCCGUGGAGGAGGCGUGGGGCACUCUGUGGGUCAUGUGA